UUUUUAAUAUGCAGCAAUAAUCAGAGGUUAAUUUUGCAGGGAGUAAAGACAAUGGAGUACAAGUUGUACCUACAACACAAGAGAAUAAUUCCAACAGCUACCAAAAGAAGAUGGAGUGAUAGUCAAAAAGGUUUUAGGAAACAUUACAAAACAUGGUUACAAGAUCCAAUGCAUCAAGAUGCCACAUCUAAUUGCGAAGAGGAAAGCAGUUCCCACUGUAACAAGCCACCACAUCAUUCCACAGAUGACACAUCUGAAAGUGAAGAAGAGAACAGUUCCCAAUGUAACAAGGCACCACAUCAUUCCACAGAUGACACAUCUGAAAGUGAAGAAGAGGAGUGGGACGAACUCAACACAACACUACAUCAUAACAUGCAAGGAGAAUCUGACAAUGAGAAUGAACAAAACUGGCAUAUGACACCCCCUAAGGACCCCACAAUGGAUGUUGAAGGACAUGGCAACAUGGACAAUAAUGCUGAUGAGAACCCAAGAGCUGUGAAAGACAAAAUAUAUCCCACCGCUAGGAUUACUAAAGAAGAAUCUCAGUUGUCAAUUUUAUCCUAUGCUCUUAGGAAUGAAGAAUUCCUGCAGGUUUUAUCAUAUACCUACAGGAAUCCUGUAGGUAUGUCUGCAGACAUGUCUGUAGGACUGUUAAAUGCCCUGCAGGAAUUAUGA